CGUGAAUUUUGAGGUCGGAAGGUAUGGGUUUUGGGGUACCAAAGCCCGAAGCGAUUGAAUUUCGUCCAAUCAACCGAACCAAACCGCCUCCUUCCACGCACCUCUGUUCUUCAAGCUCCCACCACGUUCCUCGCCAUCUUCACUAAAUGACAACCAUCAUUGGGAACUUUCCAUGUAUUUGCUCAAGAAACGUUUCUAAGCAUCUUUGGAAGGAAACAAGUUUCUCAACUUCAUGUUUUAGUCAUUUCAAUCUUGUUUGCAAAGAACGGUUUUCGCCAAGAUGUAAGAAAUUUGUGUGUUUCCACAACCGAGUUUCGAGAAAACCUUGCCUAACUUUUGCUACUAAAAGAGAUGGUGCCAUGGAUUCAGAUGACUUGGAAGAUGAAGAAGACACUGUAAGUUGGAUAUUUGAAUUCCUUCUAGUUUUGUUAUUUUUAUUCCAUAACUUUGUAUUUAGUUUCCUAGACCCUACUUUUUGUGGGAUUUUACAUUUUUACUGGAAUAAUAGGAUAUAAAGAUUGUUUAUUAGCAACUUGGUUUGAGUCAAGUAUGUAAGUGGGAGGUCCAAUGGUGAUUUGUGGGGCGUCUACCAUUGGAUGUUACUUGGUUAGAGGCAACCCAUUUGAGCCGGUUUGAGCCCAUUUGUUCACCGUUUCGUCUGCAAAUCCAAAUUUGAGCUAAGGGAAUGUGUUAGAGUAUUUGAGUUUUAGUGUAAUAUAUGAACGGGAGUAAAACUGGGAUCUUAAGGGCUACUUAGGGGGACAUAGACCCAGUUUAACAAAGAGUUAAUCCUUCCGUCCUGCUAAGUUUGGGACUGGUGAAUGUGACACAAAAUUGAGAAAAGGUAAUAUUGUGUGAAUGACAUAGAGUUUGUAAAGGGCAAGUGAUUUUUGGCUACAUUAAUAUGACUGGGUAUGGAAAGUCAUAAAGUUGGGAUGAACCAAAGUGAAAAAAAAUGGGAUAAGCAUAGUGGGACAUUGGGAGUACAACAAGCUAUGGACUAGGAUAAAAACUUACCAGGUCAUAUCCAAAAAAUCCUAGAUCUCCACAUGUUCCUAUCUUAGGUGAUAUUCUCAGUAAAAAUUGAAGUCGUAAAUCCUGCCUAAUCACCUUCUUUCAACUCUUCCUAGGUCUUACUCUACCCACUGUCACAUCCAGCAGUCCACCACCGCAAGCCUCUCACAUUUGUUUGAUAGCGAAUUUGUUUCCCAUUCAUGGUAUAUAGAAAGUAAUUGAAGUUAUUAUUUGUGUGUUACAAAAUCAUAGAUAAAAUGUGGUUAACGUAAUAUGUACUGAAAAUUGAAGAUGAAUUAUAACUUUGACAUGAGGUUCAGGUAAAUAAUGAUAUAUUAAGAGCUAACUUCGAAAGAACCAUUGGCAAUGACGAUUCUUUGUUUAGUGGAAUUGACCUGGCAACUCUAAUACGGAACAAGUUUGGCCGGUCCUAUGAUGUUCAACUGAUUAAGAAGGAAUUCAUGGGAAAAAAACUUCUGGCUCUAAAUGUGAUGUGGAAGUACAUGGAAGAGGUGAGAUCAGUCAUUGAUUCAACCAUGCAGAUAAAUUUGNUUAUAGACAUGGAUGAAUCCGGAGGCCGAGCAAGUGAGUGGAUAUACAAAUAGAAACACUUUUCAGGAAGUCCUAGCAAACCAUUUCCGCCGCCGCAUCUGCCGUCGAUCCCUUGCCGCCGCCGCCUCUGCCGCCACCAUCGUUGCCAACCACCAAAAAGAUGGUGUCUAACUCGGAUGAGGGAAUCCCUCCCGCAUCAACACCAAAUGGACAGCGGCUCCCCAAUGCAUCCUCGUCUACCAUAGAAGCCAGACUUUGAUGCUUCCGACCUCCAAAAAUCUUGCUUGAAUUGAAUAGAGAAGAACUCAUAGAAGAGAUAAGAAAACAAGAAGUGGUCGCCGUGAAGAAGAUUAGUCCAAGAGCCGUGGAGUUGCAAAAUCUUUCAAUUUUUUGUCAGAUUUUGGGUUUAGAUUUCAAUUUAUACCCAAAGUCCAAAAUCCAUCAAAAUCCAUAUUUUACAAAAAUCUAUCAAAAUCCAUUGAUUUUUGAAUCUCUAUCUCUAUAUAUACAAUGGUGAGAGCCGAAAAUGAACAGUACUCCCGCCCAAAUUUUUGGGUCGGGUCACUGUUUAAUGGGCUCAGUGUACGGUUAUGAAGCCCAUUAGUUUAGAAAGUAAACGGCAAAAAAAAAAAUUAGACCAAGGUAUCAGGUAUGCUUCUCCCCCAGCUUAUUAGGGAAGCUUCACUAUCGAGAUCUUCACCAGCGUCUCAUUCCUCCUUCUAUCACACCCGCUUCACAAUCUUCAUAUUUGUUCAGUAUCAGUGGAGAAAAAAUAUCAAGAUCUUCACCAUAGUGAAGGUAUGUUAACGGCUGUCCGAACUCAGUGGAGGACGAACUCGAGGUUAUGGCUAGGCAUGUUGGCGAUAGUUGAAGAAAAAGAAAUUGAUUUUGGCAUCUAGAUUGCAUGCUAUGUGUUUGAUGAAAUUCCUCAAAGAAGCUUCUAGGAGUCGGAGAAGCCAAUAUGGCAGCUAGAACAUCGUGCAAUUCCAUCCACAAUAACUUCAGAUCAGCUCCCCAGUUCAUAUUGUCUUUAGGAGAUGCAGGCGGAUUUAUAUCCUGGAGAUGACUUUCAGGUGUGUGCCUUGAAAUGGUCUCUUGAUGAGAGAGGAAUUGCAUCUGGUGGCAAUGAAAAUCAGGUUAGAGAGGUCAUUGUCGCAGGUAUGAUGCUCAAACUUCCUUUGUCUCUAUCUGUGAGCUUUAAGCAGUAUUUUAUUCUUCUUGAACUCAUUUUGGGGAAAUAGAUAGGUACAAGUUAAUUGUGACGUUAUGUGAGUUAGUAGAUUCUUUCUAUAAGAACAGUCAACAUACAUAAACAAGAAAAGUAUGUCUGAAGAAUGGUAUGGGUGCAAGUGAGUAAAAUGCAGUUGGUUGUCGAUAAAUUAUUCACUCUAAAAAGGAAAAAAAGCUGCUAGAAUUAUCUUACUAUUUACAAAAGCAACAAAAAAAUUUGCAAUUUCGAAAAUUUAGGUGUAAGUGGGCCGGGUUAUUAGCUGGGUUGGACAUUGGGUAAAAAAUUUUCCUUUAUUUUUGCCUAAAUGUUUGGACGGUUACCCCCAUCAAUCUCACGCACACACAUCCGUUUCAAAGGAGGGCAAUAAGGACAACUACCCCAAAUUGGAAGAAAAGGGAGCUGAAAUUACGCUCUCUUAGUUUUCAACUCGCUGGAAUCUAUGGUAGGUUGGCUAAAAUUUCAAAAGUCUAGCUUGACGUCACUGAUCUUCUACUCCCACCAUCUGCUUUUCAAAUCUGUCUGCCUUAGUCUGUUCAAAAAUAGACAAAGGAACACCACAAAAUUUUAUCUGCCUAAAUAUUUUAUGAAAUGAUAUCCGUUCAUUACCUCUAUUAAAGUUCGUGUCCAGUCAAAACUCACUUAAUAUGGGAUGGAGGGAGUAGUUUGUCUUCAUUAAGAAUGACUCUUUUUGGGGAUAAAAUCAUGUUAAGAAACAAAGCUCUGUAUACAACCAAUGGAGUAAUAUUAUAUUUUGUAUCAGUAACUAAAACAUGCAUGUUUAAACACUACACUCUCUAAAAAACACUAAACUUAUAGUCGUUAAAACACUCAUGAUUAUCAUGAGAACAUCUAAUAAUGUUUAAUAAAAUAGAGUCCUCUCAAUGUUCAGGUGAGUUAGACACAGACUAAGGCAUAUUUGGUGAUGCCAGAGUUGGGAAUUUUAGACAAUGUAUUUACAUCUAACCAUCCACAUGACUCCAUAACUGGUAAAUGCAGAGUUGUGGACAUCUCUGCUGGAUUCUUGCUGUUGUGAAAUGUUGUUGGAUACUUGGUCUUGCUGAAUAUGGACAUGGAGAUACUGCUUCACUCAUGGCUGGACCUUGGCGCUGGAAAUUCAUGGAAGUUGCUGGAAAGCUGCUGGACAGGGGGCUCUCAACGACUUGCUGCUGCUUUGGAAAUGGGGGCAACUGGACGGGGCUGCUGGACAGAGGUGCUGGUAUAGCCAUCAGCAUUGGCCUUGGAAGACCUCCUGACCCGCUGCUGCUUUGGGAAUGGGGCUGCCGCACCUACUUCUACAUGGAGAAUGGGGCUGCUACUUCUGGACUCCUAUGUUGGGGCUGCAAUUGGAUUUGAAACUUAGAGUGGGACCCUUGGAGCUUGGACAUGACGAUGGAUAUGCUGCUGCUGUUAGACUUGCUGGACAUGUUCCUCACAACGGGGCUGUUGUGGAAUGAAGGUUUGGUUGUAUCCUACAAAUACAUCGAUGCCUUUUGCUUAAACUUAAGGAUGGUUAUUGACUUAUUGUGCUUUACCUAGACUACUAUUGCUUGGACCUGGAUUGAUAAUGGUUUGCUUUGGAAGUCUUUCUGCAUUUUGAUACGAAACAUUUGGAAUUACUCCCUAUCAAAAGAAUGGGAGCUGUUUUGCACACUUGGGAAACAGGUUGGUACCUCUUAUUGCUGGUGAUGCUUGCUGAAUGGAUUUUGUGGAUUAUUUGUGGAUCAUCUCGCCACACGUCUUUUCUUACUAUGUGGCAUGUUAUUGAACUCUAUUGUAUGUUUUGGUUUUGAGUUGCAAUUAUUUAUUUGAUAUAAUUAUUUGAUAUAGUCUAAAGAUUAAGUAUUGACAUCAUUAUGGUUAAGUAUUUGACAUUGAUGUAUUUGUUUGAUUACGGGUAAUAAUAAUUUACAUGUUACCUU